UGAUCACAACUCUAAAAUAUGUAGAUAUUCCACAUUCAAAUUCGAUUCCGAUAAAAAAAAUAAAGUCAAGUCCAACAGAAAAUAGUUCAGGAUAAAGGAUAAGCAAAACGGAACAACAAAGGAGCAAGUGGCCAGCGAUCAUCACCAGCCGCAGCAGCAACAGCAGCACCAGCACCAUCAGCAGCAGACAGCGGAUCAACUCGUCCUGGAUAUCAGCAUGGAGCAGUCACAGUCGCAGCAGCACCGCUUCUAUGGCGCCCUCACACGCACCAUCUCACAGCCGGCUCAACAGCGCCACCCUCUGCACCAGCAGCAGAUCCAACAACAGCAGCAACAGCAACAGCAGCAGCAGCAGGGUGCUGCCUCCUUGGUGACCAUCAUUGAGAAUCUGGGGAACAUGAAUCUGCACCGUAAGCUCGAGCGCACACAGUUGGAGCCGCUGCUCCAACAGCCCAUUAACAUAUCUCGCUACAAGACGGAGCUGUGCCACCCGUUCGAGGAGGCCGGCGAGUGCAAGUACGGAGAGAAGUGCCAGUUCGCGCACGGCUUCCACGAGCUGCGCAACCUGCAGCGCCAUCCCAAGUACAAGACAGAGUACUGCCGCACCUUCCAUAGCGUCGGCUUCUGCCCCUACGGGCCGCGCUGCCAUUUUGUGCACAACGCGGACGAGGCCCGCGCUCAGCAGCAGGCCGCAGCCCAGGCGGAAGCGGAUUGGGAGGACAGGCCAAGCAGAUGCUGAAGAAGACCAUGAGCACGCCGAUGCAGCAGGAGGAGAUGCCGCGCUUGCCCGUCUUCAACCGCCUGAGCUCUGCCGUGGAGGACUACCAGCAGAAGCUUCAGUACAGCCUACUGCCCUAAGCAGCUCCAGCAUCAGCAUCAACACGAACAUCAACACAGUCAAGCCACACCUCACCUUCGCCUUCGCCUUCGCCCUCGCCCUCGCCCUCGCCCAUUCAUCCAGCAUCCCCCAAUCCUUUGUACAACAAACAAGCACAGAAACACAAAACAAAAUCGUACGACCGUCAAUAUGUGGCCUUAUCAAAUGGAACCCUUUACUCUACGCCUUACGCCCCACAUCGUCUUCCCUUUAAAGUAAUAAUGAAUACUAUGCUAAUCGGAAGCGAGAAAGAGAGAGAACUCUGGAAUGAGAGAGAACUCUGGAAUGACCCACAUAAUCAAUAUCAGAGAGGAACAUGAAAGAGUUUUUGAAUGCCAGUUGAAUUAUUCAUUAUUUAUACAAUAUACUUAUUAUAUACUACAAUGCCUUGUUCGUUAUUUAUGUAAUCAUACAAUCUAUAUACCAAGAUAGUUCAUAGAUUUCUUCCGCACAAAAGACAGCAACGAGAAAAGACAACAACCGAUCAGGAUCGAACACAACUGUACAUGAAUUUUGUUACAUGCUGAAACAUGCCUAUUUAUGCUUCCAUUGCAACACAACUGUGUAUUUUUAUAUAGUAAAUUACAUUUUUAUGAAGUGAAAACCAUUUAGUUUACGGCGAAUUUUAGGUUAUUUAGCCAUUAAAUGAAAGCGUUACAAAAUAAAUGAAACAAAAAAAA